AUGGCCCAAGCAGUGGGCACUCCAUUGGUGAUUGAUAAAGCUAUGAAAAAUCAGACAAGACCAAGUUGUGCGCGUGUGAAGGUGGAAGUUGAUUUACUGAAAGAAUUGCCAAAACGAAUUCACAUCAGUUGUUUUGAUGAGGAAACGGGAGAAGUAAAGGCAAAAUGGCAAAAAAUACAAAAUGAUUACUUGCCUAAAUAUUGCACUCAAUGUAAAUUACAGGGGAGUGAUUUGCAAGAUUGUUGGGUUGUUCACCCUAAAUAUAGGCCCAAGAAAGAAGAACCAAAACCGAAGGUAGAACCGAAGGGGAAAGGAGCAAACAAGUAUGGCAGAUACAAUGGGAAUAACACAAAAAUGGAGUGGAAUGUAGUGACAAAUAAGAAGAAGAAACAAAAUAACAUGGAGGAGGGACAAAGGGCACUUACCAAUGAGGAGGAAGAGAACUUUGUGGAGAUAGUUGCAGAACAGCGAAAGAAGAAGGCUGAAACAUCCAUAAAAUCCAAACCAUGGGUGGAAUCAUCUUUUGGCACAUCAAAGGAUGGAGAGAAAAUGAUCCAGACUAUAGUGGGGAGCAACCCAAAGGGGAAAACUGGGAACAAAGAAAUUCAAGAAGAGUGCAGCAUGUCAAAUGAACCAGUUAGCAACAUGGAUAAGGAGUUAGUGCAAAGCAAGACCAACACAGACAAGAAGGCAGAGAUACUAAACCCAGAUGAAAGUAAAGGAAAAGAAAUCACCAACACUCAGAAGUAUGUGGAAAAAGAAAAUCACCAUGAAGAGAGGCCAAGCAAGACAGUUGAGGAAGAGGUGAAUAAAUUAGGGGCGACUGAGAAGGAACAUGAGAAAGUAAAGGUAAUGCAAGAUGUAGAUUUAAACAAAGUGCCUGAUAAACCACCUGAUGAAAAUUCACCUUGGCUAGUUGGGGGUGAAUUUAAUGUUAUAACAGAUGAAAUUGAGAAAUAUGGAGGUUUGGAGAUGCCUUUUGUAGAAGUGGAGGAUUUCAACCAAUGCAUUAAUCUUUGCCAGCUUACUGAUUUGGGCUUCAAGGGUAGCAUAUAUACUUGGUGGAAUGGCAGGUCAGAUGAACAUUACAUUUUUAAGAGAUUGGAUAGGUGUCUGGCUAAUCAGGAGCUUCAUGAGCUCUAUCCCAACAUUGAAGUGGAGCAUCUUAUUAAGCAAGGAUCAGAUCAUUCACCUAUGCUGCUUACUUGUAAAGUGGAUAGUAGGGUAAUUAAGAAAUCAUUAAGAUUUCUUAAUUUCUGGAUUGAGCACCCUGCUUUUAAGGAUGUAGUGAAAGAUAAUUGGACAUGUUAUCAUGGAUCUGACCCUUUUUUCAUCUUUCAUAGUAAACUGAAGAAGCUGAGUAAAGUAUUGUCUAAAUGGAGUAGAGAUACUUUUGGAGACAUAUUCAGACAGAUAGAUACUUUGGAAGAGGUGGUCAAAAUUCAUGAUCAAGAAUUUGAAGAAAACCCUACAGGAGCUAAUAGAGCAAAGUUACAAAAGGUUCAAGCAGAGCUGAUUACAUUCUAUGCUGUAGAAGAGCAAUUUUGA